AUGGACGAACUUUGCCUUAUUGCGUUUGGAUCUUUACUUGCGCACUGGCAUCUGCCAAUCAGCAUCAUAAAUGACCUUGCCUCCUGGUUUUGUGCCGUCGACAGUCUGCUGCACAGACAUUAUAGCGAUAUGCCAUUGGCCGAGUAUGAAGGGUUCUUCAUCUGGUUAGAACCUCUGGUAAGGGCAUCAAGCCUGCUGGUGAACCGGUCGGAGAAUGAAUCUGCGGACUAUGAGAAACUCGUUCGUUACGGUCGCAGGCGCUGCAAAUACCUUCUCGGAGAUCCUCUGAUGGAAUUUGAAAAGAACAGACCUUUCUUCGGGCUAUGCAUUCCGUACGUUGCGCGCGGUCUGGCAACACCUUCUGGGUUAGAAGAAUACCUUCAAUAUCUCCGAUCAGUAGCAGAAAGCGCCUGCUUUGUAACAUUCUCCGUCAUUCGGUACUGCGAGACAAUUGCAGACACGGAGGUGGUUGUUUUAGCUACCGCCACUCCCUACACCUGGCCGUCGGAUCAACGCGCUACAACUGACGGACGUAAACCGCAAAAGUUCCAUGCACGGUGGGUUGUUACACCCUUUGCGAGACAUGUGACGGAAUUUAGACGAAAAUUAAAUAUUCAGCAAGCAUCGCCUUCGGAAGUUGUCGGUUCCAUUCUCCCACAAAACUACCGUGUUCUCACAGACAAGCAUUCCUUGUUGAAGGAUAGUCCCCUCUCCUCAUUCUAUUGGUAUGACCCUCCUUCCCUUCCCCACCCAGCUGGCGCCGUCGAGGAAGAUUGCUCUGGGGAGGGAGGUGCUGCGCAGUAUCGGCCCGCCGUUGUAAAAAGGUCUCAUGCAACGUCUGAAGUAGACGACCCUUCAAAUGACGGCCAGAAAUAUCCGGACGCCUGUAAAAAGCAUACGGGAGCUCUCCUUUUUGGUCCAAUAUGGCGGGCUGGUGUCAAUCAGCGAGAAAUCGGCCUCUUUGCCGCUAGUGAGAAUGACAUAGUUUUCGAACAGCAGUUCGAAGCCUUCGCCAUGCUACAAAGGUCGAACAUGGCUUCUCUGAAUCUGGAAGAGACCUUGCAAAACGUUCGACUAGAAAAUUUUCCUGAGGGCAGAGUCGCUUAUUAUUUGAAGCAGUUGUAUGGGUUGGAUUUGGCGUUUCCCGACUUGACGUCUUUUGGAAGGAGAAGAAAGAUAUUCUAUAGGCAAGAGCAAUACCGACCAGUCGCAUACACCACCAUCAGAUCUCUUCAUUGCUUAGCGGUGAUGUCGCAGCUUUAUGCACAGUUCCCUUCUGCGACGUUUCCCAUCAAAAUCGCGGAGAAGCAAUUCGAUUUCCUCGAGCACACACUUGUUCAGGACGAUAUAAAUUGGAGGUUUUGUUAUUUGAACGAGAUCUCAAGAAGGAAUGCUCUGGCUGGAAUUUGCAUGAUGGAAGCGGGAGGCGUCCCAAUGGGCACUUCCUUAUUCGAUCGUGCCUUUGCAAUAGCGGCAGGAAACUCCAUUUUCGUCGCAGAAUCGCUCCUUUCAGAUCCGUCACGACGGCUGCCUGGGUAUGCGAUCCGGAGGAUCGUCGGCAAUCUUGGCCGACCUGGGGUUUCUGUUCUGGUCAGUCCACACACUGCGAUGGUCAAGGAGAAGACAAGAGACUUUCGAGCAGUAGCACAUGCCCCUUACGAUUACAGACGAGAAGACAACUUUCGUGGGACUUCGCUGCACCUUUCGCUGACGGAAUGGAAGGUACCCAUUGGUGUCCCUAGCAAGAUUGUCGGCAAUAUCGACCAGGAUAUCUUCCAGCUCGAAGCGGUUGUGUCAGUACACGACAGAGGGCGCUGGUAUGGAGACAUCGACGUACUCAGAGCUCUUGACUACCAAGACGUACUUUCCCGUACAAGGAAUUGUUGCUCGUGCGAGGACAGACAGUCGCGACUCCAGGAGGAGUCCACCAGUAUCGACAACUUCGAGGAGCUGUUGGACCCUCCAGAUACUAUUGGCAUACUCAGGGCACACAGAAACUGGCCAGCCAGGUUGGCUGCGACCUGCAUAGCAGCGCAGACGGUGGGUGCGCGCAGGGUAUGCAUAUUGAACAACGAAGAGGUGUGCUGGGGAUGCCUUGAGUCAGAGAUUGAGCAGCGUCGCCGCCGCAACAUAACAGUUUGUUCGGAUGACGAUUCGGAGCUUAGUCUUGAAGAAGGAAAUGGCGAGUCUCAGAAAGAACAAUCUGACCCUGGAGAGGAAGAUGGUGUUUUCAUCAUCAUUGACUGA